CUGGUUCGCUGAGCUCAGCUUGCAGAUCUCUUAUGAACAGCGAGCGGCAAUUCAAACACCAAGCUUGCAGGAACAUGUAGGUGAUGCUUGAUAUCCUACCGACGCUGUCCUUGCUUAAUGAGCAUAACAUUGCCUGAUGUCGGCGCGCUACAUAGGAGCCCCAGGUCGCGCUAGCGUAAUAGAAAUAGAAUUUUCCCUCUGUCUGCCUUUCUCGCAAAAUGACUCAAAUGGAUUUCCUAUGUCGGAUAGCGUCAUCAACAAGCUUCGCUAUUUUCUUACGGCAGCGGACGCCUGGAUGAAGGAAAGGCUAGGUAUAAGGACGGGGAAGCCGCUCGUCGCGAAGGCAGCCACCCACCCCAUUUUCCUCGUCCAGCCAAGCUUCCAAACCAUUCCCAACUAAAUAAGCCAUGUCAGCAGUCAAAGUCCAUCCAAAUGGUCUUGAUGAGUAUCACGACAGGUCCAAGGCCGCCCCCGCACGGCCAGUCGUCGCGCGCAUGUAUGAUUGGUAUCUUAACGGAACCCACUCUUACGCUGUCGAUCGCCAAGCGGGCGAAGAGGUCGAGAGAGCCAUCCCAGACAUCAAGCCACUCGUCCAGGAAAACCGCGCAUUCCUCCGACGAGCCGUGCGAUGGCUUGCGAAGAACGGAGUAACCCAGUUCAUCGACGUAGGCUCUGGGCUGCCGACGGCGGGGAACACACACGAGACGGUGCUGAAGGUGUCACCGAAGGCGAUGAUCCUGUACGUGGAUAUCGAAGAGACGGUAGUCGAGGAAGGAAAUGAGUUCAUUGAGAAGACGGGAUGGUCGGAACAAGUUGGAAUGAUCCAGGGCAAUGCUCUCGACCCUACGUCCAUUGUCAACCACCCGGAAACAAAGCGGAUCAUCGAUUUCAGCAAACCAGUAGCGCUCAUGCACGUCGCCCUGAUUCACUUCUUCCACGAACCGCAAUACGUCCCCGUGCUAGAUUUCUGGAAGAAGAAGCUGGUCAAAGAGAGCGCAUUCGUGAUGACGCACUGCACGUCAGAUGACCGGGAUAGAGAAGCUCAUAAGAAGGUGGAGGACGUGUAUAACAGGACGCCGACGCCAGUGCUCUUCCGACCGCGAAAGGAGAUUGUGCUGAUUAUGGAUGGGUGGGAGGUGGUGGAGCCGGGAGUGGUGAGGCCGAAGGAUUGGAAGAUGGAAGAGAUGGAGGAGGGAGAGCAGGAUCCUCCAGUAACGGCGAUGUGGUGGGUUGCGGUUGGAAAGCUAGUGUAAGCUUUGCUGGACUGUGUUUCAUCAGCGGCACUUAGUCACGGAGACAAAUGCGAGCGAAAUGAUGCGCAUCCAUGUGAAUACCAGCUGCUCGUCAGAUCCUCGUUAUUUGUGUCGAAGCGCUGCGUGAUAGGGUU